UAGAUUGAGCCGCAGACAGUUUGGGGGGAGCUGCAUUUUUUCCCCCAACACACAAGACUUCACUGCAAAAAGAUGUCAAGUUGUGGGUAAUGGGAAACAGCUAGGAAUAGAGGCAAGGCAACAGCUUGGGUGAGCAGUGCAUGAAGGAUUGCUGCAGGGUGUUGGGAGGAGCCUUGCGUCUGCCCCGCACAAACAUGGCGGCGCUCGUCCUGCACUAGGCCUGUGCGGGGCAACGGGCUCCGAUCGGCUCGACAUAACGUACCUGGGGAUUGCCAAUUUUACCUUAUUUAUUUUCUGCUGUGGAGAAGCAGGCACGUUAAAAAUUAAAACAUGCCAGAUCGUAACCAAGUUCGAAUUCUGUACUUAAAUCGUCAUGACAAGCUUGAAAGAACGCUUUUUCGGCUCAAACAAGGGUAUGAACUACAAUUUCGCCUGGGUCCGUCUUUACAAGGAAAAGGUAUCCAGGUGCACACAAACUAUCCGCUAGACACACAAAAGUUUGAACGGCAUCAGUUUCACUUGCUUAAUUGGCAGAAUACAAGCGAAGGAGAUGACUCUGAUAAAUACUGUGCAAUCAUUCUGCGGAUGUCUGGAUCAUUUCAAUUUCAUUUUACCGAAGGAAACAACCAAAAGGAAAGUUCAGGCUAUAUAAUCGUAGAUCCUAUUCUGUACGUUGGACAUGACAAUCAAGUUCUGACAUUGGAUAGCAUAUGUGCCCAGACGUUCUUGUCCAAAUGUUUGGGACCAUUGGAUGAAUGGGAAGAUAGGCUAAACGUUUCCAAACACUCAGGUUAUAAUGUGAUCCAUUUUACACCAACGCAAACUCUUGGAUUAUCCAGGUCAUGUUAUUCCUUAGCUGACCAGUUGGAACUAAACCCUGAAUUUUCUCGGGCUGACAAAACUUUCAAUUGGAAUGACAUUGCAAGGCUAGUGGAGAAGUUAAAGAAUGAAUGGAAUGUACUCUGCAUAACGGACGUGGUCUACAAUCACACAGCUUCCAACAGCCCUUGGCUGAAGAAACACCCAGAAUGUUCCUACAACAUUUUGAAUUCCCCUCAUUUAAAACCUGCAUGGCUUUUAGACCGAGCAUUAUGGCAUUUAACUCUUGACGUGGCCAAAGGAAACUAUCAGGGCAGAGGACUACCUGCUGAUAUUGAAAAUGAACACCACCUUAAUAUUAUUCGUCAAAUCAUCUGGGAGGACAUUUUUUCCAAAUUGCGUUUAUGGGAAUUCUUUCAAGUGAAUGUUGACAAAGUUGUUGCUGACUUCCGCAAUGUACUUAUCAAUGGUGAGAAGAAGAAGUGUGACACUAGACAGAAUCUAAAGGUUAUCCAGGACCCUGAAUUUAAAAGAUUUGGCUGUGUUGUUAAUAUGAGUUUACUAUUGAAAAUGUUUGUACCUCAUGGUAAUAGCCCUCAUGAGAUAGAUGAAUGCUGUGGCUGGGUCUAUCAAAAAAUGGAAGAGUUAAAUAUGGAACGUUAUCACGAAGUACAUAGUCAUCAAGAGCAGGCUGUCAGUUGCGUAUUGGGGACCAUAACCUAUGAACGUCUAGCAGGCCAUGGCCCCAAACUUGGACCUGUUACAGCAAAAGAUCCUUUAGUAACGAGGUAUUUUACAUACGAUUUUGAAGAAGUGCCCUUCGAAGAGGAAGAACCAAUGAUGUAUUUGCCAGAAAAGGCCGUAUACUUUAUGGCACAUAAUGGCUGGGUAAUGGGUGAUGAUCCUUUGAGAAACUUUGCAGAGCCAGGUUCUAGUGUUUACAUAAGAAGAGAAUUAAUUUGCUGGGGUGACAGUGUUAAACUGCGAUAUGGAAAGAAGCCAGAAGACUGCCCUUACCUUUGGGCUCACAUGCAGAAGUAUACAGAAAUAACCGCCAAGGUCUUCCAUGGGGUGCGGUUAGACAACUGCCAUUCAACACCGAUACGUGUGGCUGAGUACAUGCUGGACAGUGCUAGAAGAUUGCGACCUAACUUGUAUGUAGUGGCAGAACUCUUCACUGGAAGUGAAGAUAUGGACAAUGUCUUUGUGAACAAACUGGGCAUAAGCUCCUUAAUACGAGAGGCAAUGAGCGCAGGUGACAGCCACGAGGAAGGGAGGCUGGUUUACCGCUAUGGUGGUAUGCCUGUUGGAUCUUUUGCACAACUAUCUAUCAGACCCCUGUUACCCAAAAUUGCUCAUGCAUUGUUUAUGGAUGUUACUCAUGAUAACGAGUCCUUGGUUCAGCGUCGUUCUGCUCACGAUGCUCUUCCCUGUGCAACCAUUGUUUCAAUGGCUUGCUGUGCCUCAGGAAGUACAAUGGGUUUUGAUCACUUAGUUCCACAUCAGAUAUCUGUGGUGGAGGAAGAAAGGCUAUAUCCAAAAUAUAAUCCUAAUGCACUUCCAGAUUCUCCAGGGGAGCUCAAUGAAAAGUGUGGAAUCAUUGCAGGAAAACGAGCAAUCAACUUACUUCAUCAAGAGCUUGGAGCUGAGUCCUUCAAUCAGGUGUAUGUGGAUCAAGUUGAUGAAGACAUUGUGGCAGUAACACGACAUUCCCCAAAUAUACAUCGCUCAGUAGUGGCAGUGUCACGUACUGCAUUUAGAGACCCAACAAAUUCCCACUACAAGACUGAACUACCUACAAUGUGCAUCCCAGGUAAAAUCGAAGAGAUUGUGUUGGAGGCCAUGACUGUGCAGCGGGAAACUGCUCCGUACAAAAAAGAUAAGGAUUUUAUCAAUGGAUUGCCACAAUAUACAGUGGAUAUCAGAGAACAUUUGCAGUUAAAACAGAGCAGAAUUGUUACAGCAAAAGAAACUUCUAAAGAACGGAAUGACUAUGUCUAUGAAAUUAACUUUGAAAAUUUUCCUCCUGGGAGCGUCAUUAUCUUCCGGGUGAGCCUAGAUCCAGAGGCCCAGUAUGCAGUUGGAAUCCUCCGUUACCAUCUCAUCCAGUUUAAUCCGUUUUAUGAAGCUGGAAGCAUUGCCGACCUCAAAGCUCCAUCAGCACUGACUCACGCCUUUCUAGCAGAUGCUGCCAAUCUUUCGUUGUCUGACCUUAACAUGUUGCUAUAUCGAUGCGAUUUUGAGGAACAGGAAGAUGGCGGAGGCUGCUAUAAUAUUUCAAAUUUUGGACCUCUGAAGUAUGCGGGUUUGCAAGGGUUCCUGUCAGUACUCGCAGAUAUUAGACCCAAGAAUGACCUGGGACAUCCUUUGUGUGAAAAUUUGAGGGAUGGAGACUGGAUGAUGGACUUCAUAUCCAACCGUUUAAUUGCACGUGGCGGUGCUCUUGAAGUGGUUGGUAAAUGGUUUGAUGCAAUGUUUUCUUACCUCAAAAUGCUUCCCCGCUACCUUAUUCCAUGCUACUUCGAUGCUCUCCUUAUAGGAGCAUACUCAGUUAUCGUGGAAGCUACUUUGGACCGAAUGUCAAGCUUUGUCCAGAAUGGCUCGACGUUUGUGAAGCAGCUUGGUUUGGCUUCAAUACAGAUGUGCGGAAUUGGGCGAUUUCCUGCACUUCCCCAACUUUCACCUUCCCUGAAAGGUGUUCCCUACAGACUGAAUUAUAUCACCAGUGAGAAGGAGCAAUGUUGUCCUUCAUUAGCAGCUGGGCUGCCACAUUUUGCUGCUGGUUUAUUCCGCUGUUGGGGUAGAGAUACCUUCAUUUCUCUCAAAGGACUGCUGCUGGUGACAGGACGUGCACCAGAAGCUAGGAAUAUAAUCCUAUCGUUCGCAAGUACUCUGCGACAUGGUCUAAUUCCAAAUUUGCUUGGACAUGGAAUAUAUGCACGAUAUAAUUGUAGAGAUGCUGUCUGGUGGUGGCUUCAAUGCAUUCAAGAUUUCUGCACCUCAGUUGAGAAUGGAGAGGAUAUUCUCAAAUGUGCAGUCUCUCGACUAUAUCCAACUGACCAUUCUCCAGCCCUUGCUCCAGGCACUGUGGAGCAACCACUAUAUGAAGUGAUGCAGGAAGCCUUGCAGCGCCACGUGGAAGGUGUAGAGUACAGAGAAAGAAAUGCUGGACCUCAUAUGGACACGCGCAUGAGAGAUGAAGGUUUCAAUGUUUCUUUUGGGGUGGAUCUAGAAACGGGUUUUGUGUUUGGUGGACAUCGGUACAACUGUGGUACCUGGAUGGAUAACAUGGGGGAGAGCGACAUGGCUCAAAAUAGAGGAGUUCCAGCCACACCACGGGAUGGAUCUGCAGUUGAAAUCAUUGGCCUUUGUAAGUCGACUGUUCGCUGGCUGGCGAAACUUUCCAAAACAUCUUCGUUUCCUUACACUGGAGUCAAGGGACAGAUGAAAGGAAAAGAAGUAUUUAUUACGUAUGAGGAAUGGGACAAAAAAAUACAAGACAACUUUGAAAAGAGCUUCUUUGUUUCUGGGGAUCCUAAUGAUCCCAAUGAAAAAUAUCCCAACUUUGUCCACAAAAAGAACAUUUAUAAAGACACUUAUGGAGCUACCAGCCCAUGGUGUGAUUAUCAACUGAGACCAAACUUUCCUAUAACUAUGGUCGUGGCUCCUGAGCUUUUCACACCAGAAAAAGCAUGGAAAGCUUUAAAAGUUGUAGAGGAUCAUCUACUUGGACCCCUGGGAUUGAAAACUUUAGACCCAGAUGACCAGGUUUAUUGUGGUUUUUACGAUAACUCGAUCGACAAUGGCAACUUCAACAUUGCCAAGGGUUAUAAUUACCAUCAAGGACCGGAAUGGCUGUGGCCUCUCGGAUAUUUCCUUCGUGCAAAGUUGCACUUUUCAAAAAUGAUUGAAGAGAAAUUGUAUGAAGACACUAAAUAUUUAGUGAAACAUGUUCUUUCUCAUCAUUAUGAUCACUUGUCAAAAUCUCCCUGGAAAGGUCUUCCAGAGCUUACAAAUGAAAAUGGAGCACACUGUCAAUUUAGCUGUGAAACCCAGGCUUGGUCAAUUGCAGUAGUUCUAGAUGUUCUGUAUGAGCUUUGAAGUGCAGUAUUUUUCCUGUUGCUAACUGCAGUGCAGCAGUUUAACUGAAGGUGGUGCUUUCAUGUCUCUCCAGAGUAUUAAAUACCACGUGCCAUUUAACUGUACGGUUUUUGUGAUACAAUUAAAAACAUCGCUUGAACAGUGCAAACGUGUGACCUUGUACGUGAUAUGGAAUUAUGUGUAUGUUCAUGUGGUAUAUUCAGUAUAAAAGGAUUUUUUUUUCAAAU